UCGGCGUCAGUUCCGUCCGUCGCUCUCUUCGAUUUCAAUAACAGAUGAUUCGACUCUCUCUUUCUUAUUGUUUAAUCAUCCCCUCCUCGUAGUGUACACAGCUUCAAUAAAUCUUCAGCACUCUAUUCAACUCCAUUCUUCUUCUUCCUCUCUGUGAAGGAGGGUAGGCUUAGUUUGAGGUGGAAGGUGAGGAGGGUGGGGGAGAAUGGCGCUAGCGGCGGACGACCUAAGGUCGACGAGCAGCUUGGGAAGGAGGGUGACGGAGAGCUUCCGGGAGGUUUGGGGGAGCUCCAGGGACGUGUUCAGGAGGAGCUUGAGGGCGGAGGAGGACGACGAGGACGCGCUGAGAUGGGCGGCGAUCGAGAGGCUGCCCACCACCGACCGGAUGAGGUGGGGAGUGCUCCGGCGGGUGAUGGAGGACGGGAACGUGGUGCACGGGGAGGUGGACAUCAGGAGGCUUGGCGUCGCCGGAAGGAAGCAGCUCCUCGAGAACGUCCUACAGGCCGUCCAGGAAGACAACGAGAAGUUCCUUCUUCGCCUCAGGGAGAGGGCCGACAGAGUGGGAAUCGACCUACCGAAGAUAGAGGUUCGGUUCGAGGGUCUGUCUGUGGAAGCCGAUGCCUACGUGGGAGGAAGAGCCCUACCCACUCUCCUCAAUGCCGCCAUUAACUCUAUCGAGGGUAUCCUGGGAUUGGUGAAGCUCAGUCCAUCAAAGAAAAGAGUCCUGAAAAUACUCAAUGGAGUGACCGGAAUUCUAAGGCCUUCAAGGAUGACCCUUCUACUUGGCCCUCCGGCCUCCGGGAAGACGACCCUUCUGCUCGCUCUUGCAGGAAAGCUGGAUAAGAAGCUCAGGGUUGCUGGAAAAAUCACGUACAACGGCUACGAAUUGAGAGAAUUUGUCCCUCGGAGAACCGGCGCAUACAUCAGCCAACACGACGUUCACAAUGCCGAAAUGACGGUCCGGGAGACGCUCGACUUCUCCGGCCGCUGCCAAGGCGUCGGCUCACGGUACGACAUGUUGGCCGAGCUGUCGAGGAGAGAGAGGGAGGCGGGCAUCAAACCUGACCCGGAGAUCGACGCGUUCAUGAAGGCUGCUGCUGCGCAAGGUCAGGGGACCAGCAUCGUCACGGAUUACAUUUUGAAGCUGCUUGGUUUGGAGAUUUGUGCGGAUACCAUAGUGGGAGAUCAGAUGAGGCGAGGGAUUUCAGGUGGGCAGAAGAAGAGGGUGACCACAGGUGAGAUGCUGGUGGGACCUUCCAAAGCUAUGUUCAUGGAUGGGAUAUCGACUGGCCUUGACAGCUCCACCACCUUCCAAAUCGUCAAAUACAUGAGACAAUUUGUUCAUAUCAUGGAUGGAACCAUGCUGAUCUCCCUUCUGCAACCUGCACCAGAGACGUAUGAGCUCUUCGACGACGUCAUCCUGCUUUCAGAAGGUCACAUUGUCUACCAAGGUCCACGAGAGGACGUCAUCGAAUUCUUUGAGUUCAUGGGGUUCAGAUGCCCAGAGAGGAAAGGAGUUGCAGACUUUCUGCAAGAGGUAAUGUCGAAGAAAGAUCAGCAACAAUAUUGGAGGGACAAAGAUAGUCCUUACAGGUAUGUCUCAGCUGAAGAAUUCUCACAAGCCUUUAGCUCCUUCCGAGUAGGCCAACAGAUAGCAGCUGAACUUAGAACUCCAUUCGAUAAAUCAAAAUCUCACCCGGCGGCAUUGGAGACAACUAAGUACGGCAUUUCUAGUUGGGAUCUGUUCAAGGCCUGUUUUGCAAGGGAAUGGCUGCUUAUGAAGAGGAACGCUUUUGUUUACAUAUUCAAGACUACUCAGAUAACAUUCAUGUCUUUGAUAACCAUGACGGUCUUCCUAAGGACUCAGAUGAAGCAUGAAACUUUUGCAGAUGGGCAGAAGUACUUCGGUGCUCUGUUCUUUAGUCUGAUCAAUGUGAUGUUUAAUGGACUGGCAGAGCUGGCAUUGACUGUCGUCAGGCUUCCGGUGUUUUACAGGCAGAGAGAUUUCUUAUUUUAUCCUUCAUGGGCUUUUGCUUUACCUAUUUAUCUUCUCAGAAUCCCACUCUCUAUACUGGAGUCGGGGUUGUGGAUCGUUCUCACUUAUUAUACAGUGGGGUUUGCCCCUUCUCCUAGCAGGUGCUUCAAGCAGUUCCUUGCCUAUGCAUUUACACAUCAAAUGGGUCUUGGUCUUUUUCGGUUCCUUGCAGCUGUUGGGAGAACACUUGUGAUAUCUAACACGAUAGGGAUCUUCACCCUGCUUGUGGUGUUCACCCUAGGAGGCUUUGUAGUUUCUAAAGAUGAAAUAAAACCAUGGUGGAUUUGGGGAUACUGGUCAUCCCCUAUGAUGUACGGACAGACGGCUAUAGCCCUUAAUGAGUUUCUCGACGAGAGAUGGAGCAAGCCUAACCAAGGUUUUAUGAUCAACGCGCCCACACUUGGAACGGCCAUUCUUAAAUCUAGAGGCAUGCCUGUCGAUGCCUACUGGUAUUGGAUAUGCAUCGGAGCGUUAGCCGGAUUCUCGCUUCUGUUCAACGUUUGCUUUGUCCUUGCUCUUAAAUAUUUGAACCCUCUUGGAAAUCCUCAAUCUGUGAUUCCAGAUGAGGAGGGCAAAGAUAAGGGAAAGGACUCAAGGUACCUCAGGAAACAGAAAUCAAAGCCAUUAAGGUCUGGUAGUUGGUCUGCCGAUCCGGUUUCUGAAGGAACUAAUAUGGAUGUCAUGGAUCGUCAUGGGAGUAGAAGGCAGGGGACAAUUACUGCCAGCAGAGGAAUGGUCUUGCCUUUUCAGCCUCUUUCUCUGGCAUUUGACCAUGUCAAUUACUAUGUUGACAUGCCCGCAGAGAUGAAAAGUCAUGGAUUUGACGAAACUAGGCUCCAACUACUGCAUGAUGUUAGUGGCGCUUUCAGACCUGGAGUUCUCACUGCUUUGGUGGGAGUUAGCGGUGCUGGAAAAACCACGUUAAUGGAUGUCCUGGCAGGAAGGAAAACAGGAGGAUACAUUGAAGGAAGUAUAAACAUAUCUGGCUACCAAAAAAAGCAAGAAACAUUCGCUAGAGUCAGUGGUUACUGUGAACAGGAGGACAUACAUUCACCCAAUCUAACUGUUCACGAGUCCUUGAUCUACUCUUCUUGGCUUCGUCUGUCCGCUGAAGUGAAUUCUGAAACUCGGGAGAUGUUUGUCGAAGAAGUUAUGGAGUUGGUAGAGCUAGAUUCACUAAAGAAUGCUUUAGUGGGUCUUCCUGGAGUAGAUGGUCUAUCAACCGAGCAGAGAAAGCGUCUCACUAUUGCUGUGGAAUUAGUCGCUAAUCCCUCAAUCAUAUUCAUGGAUGAGCCCACGACAGGCCUUGAUGCUAGAGCCGCAGCUAUUGUGAUGAGGACUGUAAGGAACACAGUCGACACAGGAAGAACUGUUGUAUGUACAAUUCAUCAGCCAAGUAUUGAUAUUUUUGAAGCUUUUGAUGAGCUUCUACUUAUGAAGAGAGGUGGACAAACGAUUUAUGCAGGACCUCUAGGUCAUAAUUCGGACAAACUCAUAGAGUAUUUUGAGGCUAUUCCUGGAGUACCCAAAAUCAGAGAUGGCCAGAACCCUGCAACGUGGAUGUUGGAGGUCACUUCUGCUUCUAUUGAAGCUCAACUCAAUGUGGAUUUUGCUGAAAUUUAUGCCAACUCCUCCCUUUACAGGAGAAAUGAGGAACUCAUUAAGUCAAUAAGUACACCCAUACCAGGUUCAAAAGAUCUAUUCUUCCGUAGCAAGUACUCUCAGAGCUUCUUGGUUCAGUGCAAAGCUUGCCUGUGGAAGCAAUACUGGUCUUACUGGAGAAAUCCUCAAUAUAAUGCCAUUCGGUUCUUAUUGACAGUUGUCAUCGGUCUUCUCUUUGGUUCCAUCUUUUGGGGAGCGGGAAGGAAAACAUCAACAGAGCAGCAGCUAGUCAAUCUAGUUGGUUCAAUGUACUCUGCUGUUAUGUUCCUUGGAGCGAGCAAUGCAAUGGGAGUUCUUCCUAUUGUGAGCAUUGAGAGGACGGUCAUGUAUCGUGAAAAAGCAGCAGGGAUGUAUUCUUCAAUGGGUUAUGCCAUCGGCCAGGUUGGCGUAGAGGUUUUGUACAUUGCUGCGCAAACAAUUAUAUUCACCUUAAUUUUAUUUCCCAUGAUCAACUUCGUUUGGAUUGCAAGAAAUUUUAUUUGGUUCUUCUUCUUCAUGUUCACGAGUUUCAUCUAUUUCACGCUUUAUGGGAUGAUGGCUGUGGCUCUCACCCCUGGAGAUCAAAUAGGCGCCAUUGUCAUGUCAUUCUUCCUAACCUUCUGGAAUCUCUUCUCUGGCUUCUUGAUAACUCGCCCGGCAAUUCCAAUAUGGUGGAGAUGGUAUUAUUGGGGUUCCCCUGUUGCAUGGACAAUCUAUGGGCUCAUCACCUCUCAGCUUGGAGACUUGAAGAGUCUAGUUGUAGCUGCAGAAGUUGGGCUAACAACAGUAAAGCAAUACCUUGAGACUGUUAUGGGUUACAAAUAUGACUUCUUGGGGUUUGUGGCUGUGGCUCAUCUGGCCUUUGACCUUGUCUUUCUUUUCAUCUUUGCCUUUUGCAUUAGAUUCCUCAAUUUCCAAAAAAGAUGAUGAGAAACCAAGCCAAGGAGCUUCACAUGUAAUAUGAGAAUCUAAGGUCACUCCUUUAUUUGUAUUUA